ACUGUCUCUCACUCAUUAUAUUAGGAAACAGGGUAAAUGAAGAAACUUUUCAGAAAACAAGUAUAUGCUGGUGAAUGUUGUGGAUAAAAAAAGGAAGGAUGGGAGGAAGUGGAAAAUGUUUAGCUUGUGGCAGAAUGUUAGAGUCUAUUCACUUGAACUCAGAAGAAUAUGAACUUCUUAAGCAGAGAGUCCUGAAGGAUGUCCUUGUUGGAGGUGACCAAUACAGGAAAACAACGCCCAAAGAAAUUAACAGGUUUAAAAACUUUAUUAAAAGUUGCCCUCCUUUUGAUAUUGUGAUUGAUGGACUCAAUGUUACCAAAAUGUUUCCUAAAGUUCGUGAAUCUCAAACUCUUCUUGAUGUAGUCUCUCAGUUAGCAAAGGAGAACCUCCAAGUACUUGUCCUAGGUCGUAAGCACAUGCUAAAUGGAAGUUCCAGGUGGCAAAAGAGUGAAAUGGCAGCUGUUCAGAACAUGGCCUACUGCUUCUUUGCUGACAAUGUCUCAGAAGAUGAUGCCUUCCUGUUAUAUGCCACCCUCCACUCAGGGAACCACUGCCGAUUUCUCACCAGAGAUCUGUUGCGAGACCACAAAGCCUGUCUCCCUGAUGACAAUACUCGUCAUCUAUUCUUUAAGUGGCAGCAGGGACAUCAACUUGUGCUUCUCAACUAUUACCCAGGGGAAAAGAUCAUCUUUCAGCCUGUUCUCAUCUAUGACACGGUGGUACAAACAACAGGAGAUUCAUGGCACAUACCAUAUGAUGAAAACAUAGUGGAAAGAUAUUCUUAUGAAGUACCAACUAAAUGGCUUUGUCUUCAACAACAAAACUAA